CUUUAUGGGUCCAUGCCCCUCCCUCUCUCUCUCUCUCUUUCAAUGCUUUUAAGUGUAGUAUGAGUCAUUGGGAAAUGAUGUAACGAAGGGCAAGCGCUUGUUCAUCAAGUAUAUGUAGCUAGCUUUUCAUGAAAUAAUGUGCAAUACUCCCUCUUAGCUCCCCCUUGUCUUGGUAAUUCUGAUAGUACCCUCGUUUUCUCUCCUCUUUCAGAGCUCAUAUUUCAUUCUCUUCUGCAGAAAAACCAGGCGUCGCUUCUCAUUGAUUCUUCCCUGCCUGUAACUGAUCCACCCCGUAGUGCCACAUCCUAUCUCUGUCUUUGCUCCAUAACAACAAUUUUGAGGAGUUUGUGCUCUCUUUUGUCUCAAAACACUGACCGUGCCUACUAAUUUCUCCACCACUUCUCCACAUGCUUAUAGCUUUAAAUAUAUCCAUCAUUCCCUCGUUUCGCACAUAAUUACCCUUCAAAUAAAAAUAAAUAAAAAGAAUAAUCACCCCACUUUAUUUUUUCUGGAAAAAAAAAUGAGUGAUCAUCAUCAACAAAAUUCAGAGACGGAAAGUAGCUCAACAAACUCCUUGUCACCAGCCUCACCCUCUUCACCUUUAUCUAACUCUACCCAAUCAAAGAAACCUCUACAAGACCAAGAUUUCUCUCCUCCUAAGAAAAUAAAAAGGAUAAGAGACUCAAACAAGCAUCCAGUCUAUCGUGGAGUUCGCAUGAGGAACUGGGGCAAAUGGGUGUCAGAAAUUCGUGAGCCACGCAAAAAAUCUCGCAUUUGGUUAGGUACUUUUCCUACACCAGAAAUGGCAGCGCGUGCGCAUGAUGUCGCUGCUUUAAGCAUCAAAGGAAACCCAGCUAUUCUUAAUUUCCCCGAACUCGCCAAUUACUUACCUCGACCAGCUUCACUUGCUCCUCGUGAUGUUCAAGCAGCCGCUGCUAAAGCUGCUCAAAUGGACCAGUUUGACCAAAAAUCUGAAACAACAACCACAACAUCUCCAUCGUCUUCUUCGACAUCUUCUUUGACAUCACUUGUUUCUUUGAUGGACUUGUCGUCUCAAGAGGAAGAGCUGUGUGAGAUUGUUGAGUUGCCAAGUCUUGAAACGAGUUACGAUGAGUUGAGCAAUGAUUUUGUUUACUUCGACUCGAUUGAUGAGUGGAUGUAUCCUCCGCCAUGGAUGCAAAGCAUGGAAAAUCACUGUUGUGGAGGCGGCGGCGGGUGUGCUUGUGAUGAUUUUACAUUGCCGAAUGAGAGUACUGUUUUAUGGGAUUAUUAGUGUUUUGUUUUUCCUUUCUUCUAAUGAAUGUGAGUUUGUACAUGUAUCUGAAUGUGUCAGUUCUUUCUUAAUUUCUCUCCGUUUCUUUCUCUUGUUUUUCUUUUUCAUAUAUCCUAUGAAGCUUUUUUUAGCCCUUCUUGUUUUUCUUUGAAGGGUUAAAAGUUGUCUUUUUUUUC